CCAAGUAGCGUUUCCAUAGUGACACAUUGACAACAUCAUGGCAGGAGAACAGCUGGAUCAGAAAUUUGUCUUUAGUUUACUUUCCAGUAAAUCGUUUCCCUUUCUUCAAAACCAGGAAGUUUCAGGACGGCUCAUGAAAUGGUCGAUGUUGGGGAGAAUAUCAGCCCAGGCUUUCAACUUUGACCAAAUGUUUUUCCCGUACAAAAAGAACGACUUUGUUUUUGAUUUCCUUCAAGAUCCUUGUGUGAUGCAAAACCUUAAGGUGUUAAGGUCAGGGCGCUGGACAACCCUAGGUUCUGACAUAACAAGUGUCGAUGUUGAAGCCGUGCCGUGCUCUAAAGUUUCAAUGGACCUUUUUGACCCCCUAUAUUCUGGUGGGGUGUUGAGACCAUCGGGUCAAAUAGUCAAGUGUUACCAUGAAAUAUAUGGAGACUUUGAUGAAUUGAGAAAUGUACUGACCAUAGAGGAUUCGGAUAAAUAUGAUUUAUUCAGACCUGCAGAACGGGAGGAGUUUCUCUUCCGACUUUUCAAACACAUAUGUCUUGGUGGUGAAAUCUGCCAGUAUGAGGACACAGUCAGUCCCUACAUGGACACUACCAAGGUCAUUUACAAGGAUUUGGUGAGUGUGCAAAAAGACUGUGAGACAAAGGAAAUCAAAAUAAUCUCAACCAUUUUAAAAGUGUCCGCUUCGGAUUCCUCUGGCUUGUGUUAUCCUGACAGUCAGGACUCCGAGCAGAGCUUUGCCUACCUCUGUGUGGACCCUCUGAAGAGGCAUGUGUAUGUCUUGUAUCACAGCUUUGGCACUGGACUGCUCUCAUAGACACACUGGUGCACCGCGGCCCUUCCUGAGUUAUAGACACAUUCAAUCUGCGGUUUAUGAUUGCAUAACGAGGUCAGAUGGGUUGCAUAGGUGUACAGUGUAUGCUCAUCUAUGGAAAAUGCUUGCGCUAAACAGCAUGGUGGGGCACAUUGGAUGCCACAUUUGGAGCCACAGCAUUUGGAAUGACUCACAAUGACAGUUAAAAUAAUUGACCUGUUUGUAAAGAAAAUGCUGUUGAGUGUGGAGGGUGUGCACAUCCCAGGAAGAGAAUCUGAUGAAGACAAUGGUCAAAACGCAAUCCUGCCAUGGAAUAAUAAACCAAAAUUCGGUGUAAAAUUGUGUAAAGAAAAUAACAA